UUGCAGCAGCGUGAGGUGCGCCGUGCUUUCUCCCGGGGAAGUUGUCCCCGGAUCACGGGACCCUGGCAGUGGUGGGCUGCACAGGCUCCCAGGAGGGGACGUGUGGAUAGUGACCUGUGCUUGCACACAAGCUUCUUGAUGGCGGCAGCAGCAGCCUUAGCGUCUCAUGCCUGUCUCUGAGGUCCGUGCUGAUAGCCACGACUCGUGCCGUCUCUGGAGCUCCUUUAAGCGGCGCUCUUAAACCCCUCUCCUUGCGCACCAGGAAACAAAGAGGCAAGAAAAAGUCUCUUGUCUCUUCAGCAGCCCCAGACUUUUUGCUGGACUCCCUCCCGGCUAGCUGUGGCGCACUAGCCCCUUCAGGCUGUGUUCACGCAGCCAACCCCAGUCCUCUCCCUGGGAUCUGAACUCUGAAGCCCGAGCCUCAGCUCCCAGCCCUGCCCUCCCCGGCGGGUGAGCAGACAAGCCUCUCGGGCUGGUUUUGGAAUCAAUAUCAGAUAUUGAAUAUCUGUCGAAUUAAUGAUUGGCCUGAAUAUCCUUCUGGGAAGAAGUGUUCCAUUAUUAGCUGUAUGAGGCAGGAAAACCAGAGAAUCAAGCUCUGCUGACUAUCAACAGGAGACACUUUGGGAAUUGUUCAGUGGCUCUUCAUAUAUCCAGAGGCCUCCUAAUCUGGAAGACACACAGACAACGUGUUAUUCUGACAACUCUUAGGAAAAUUCUAAGGAAAUUUUCUAAAGCGGGAAAAUUCUCUUAGAUGCAAAAAGAAAUCUCAGAAAGAUCAUGCUGCAAAUCUCCCAUCUUUUGUUUGCAGCUCUGGACAAGCUGAUAAGAAAACCCAGGUGCUGCCUCCUUUGGCCCUGUUGAUUCAAACCAUGGAAGCUCCUGCCCAUGCAUGGGAACCUUCUUCUGGCCCUGCUCUCUAACUACAUUAAAAAUCCCAGCCCUCUUCCUUUCCUUGCUCUCUGAAGCUGUUUCAGACUUACUUGGGAGGCCUGCCCUGCUCUGCGCAGAAAAGCUUCAAUUAUGACUUCCCUGGUGGCACAGUGGUUAAGAAUCUGCCUGCUAAUGCAGGGGACAUGGGUUCGAGCCCUAAUCCGGGAAGAUCCCACAUGCCUCGAAGCAACUAAGCCCAUGCGCCACAGCUACAGAGCCUGCACUCUAGAGCCCCCGAGCCACAACUACUGAGCCUGCAUGCCGCAACUACUGAAGCCUGCGCACCUAGAGCCCAUGGUCAGCAACAAGACAAGCCACCGCAAUGAGAAGCCCGUGCACUGCAACAAAGAGUAGCCCCUGCUCUCUGCUGCUAGAGAAAGCCCACAUGCAGCAACGAAGACCCAAAGCAGCCAAAAAAAAAAAAAAUUUUUUUUUCAUUGUAUUAUUGACAAAUAUAUUUUGGUAUUAUUACAUGAUUUUUAAUAAUAGUGAUUUCCUAUGGAUAUUAUUUUGAUUUUACUGAAACUUCUGGGAUUUCAAUAGACUUUUUGGGGAGAAGAGAUCAGAAGAACUAUACAAUUUCAUCAGCACUCUAAGGGCAGGACCUCACCUGGGACAGGUUGAAUACCAUUAUUUCCAAUCUAAGCAUGUUUCCCUUAAGGAACUGAGAUGACAGAAACCAAGUUCACUGAAUAUCAUCACACUUCACAUCUCCUGAUGAGGAAAUGGAAGCUUGGAGUGGCUAUAUGUCUUCCCCAGUGAUGUACAUCUCAACAUACGUAGGCCAUGAGUGAUGAGGCCAACAUAUAAACCCAGACUGUAUGACUAUGACAAAAGACAAAAAAAAAAAAGAUGUACUGUUCCAUUUGGAAGUCAAGGUUGUUGCCACCUAAGUGGGUUCCUGCUGCAAGGAAUUUGUGGACAUCCUCCUCCCUCAUUAGCAGAACAUCAAGGGCUCUGGACAUGGUGAAAGUUUCCAUUUAACUUAUGAUAGGAACCCAGAACAAUGCUGUAUGGACCCCUCUAUGGGUAGUGCAGAAAGGUAAUAUAAAAAUUUGAGCCAGCAAAAAGAAGCAGCUGCCUUCCUGAAUGAUUCUUUGUAAUGAAUGUUCUACUAAAAAAAGCCUGACCGUCUCCACUACUCUACGCAAAUGCCAUCCCUGCUAAAAUGUCCCCCUUUAGCACCAUCAGUGGCAUCAAUUCCACCAGACUGGAAUUAUCUCAAGCUAUGAAAAUAACCAGAAUCAACUUACAGAUUCUAUAAAUUAACACAGCUCUUAUUGCCACUUCACCCAAGCUUUGAAGGGAUCAUUUGAAACUCAAUAAUGAAGCAUUAAAGGAUUUUCAGGUUGCUUGCAGUGUUUGAAUGUUGAGAAGCUAUGAAGUCUUACACUCUGUAUUUCAUGCUCCUGUGGAGUGCUGUUGGGAUAGCGAAGGCCGCCAAAAUCAUCAUCGUGCCGCCAAUUAUGUUCGAAAGCCAUAUGUACAUUUUCAAGACACUAGCCUCUGCCUUGCACGAGAGUGGGCACCGCACAGUGUUCCUCCUCUCUGAAGGCAGAGACAUCACGCCAUCUAAUCAUUACAGCCUCCAGCGCUACCCAGGGAUCUUUAACAGUACCACCUCGGAUGCUUUCCUGCAGUCCAAAAUGCGGAAUAUUUUCUCUGGGAGAUUGACAGCAAUCGAACUGUUUGACAUACUGGAUCACUAUACCAAGAACUGUGAUAUGAUGGUUGGCAACCGUGCCCUGAUUCAGGGUCUAAAAAAGGAAAAGUUUGACCUGCUGCUGGUGGACCCUAAUGACAUGUGUGGAUUUCUGAUAGCUCAUCUUUUAGGGGUUAAAUAUGCUGUAUUUUCAACUGGCCUUUGGUAUCCUGCUGAAGUGGGUGCUCCUGCCCCAUUAGCUUACGUCCCGGAGUUUAACUCACUCCUCACAGACCGCAUGAACCUGCUGCAAAGGAUGAAAAACACCGGCGUUUACCUCAUUUCCAGAUUAGGGGUCAGCUUUCUGGUUCUUCCCAAAUACGAAAGGAUAAUGCAGAAGUACAACCUGCUGCCGGAGAAGUCCAUGUAUGACUUGGUCCACGGGUCCAGCCUGUGGAUGCUGUGUACGGACGUAGCACUGGAGUUUCCGAGACCCACUCUGCCUAACGUUGUCUAUGUAGGAGGGAUCCUCACCAAACCGGCCAGCCCACUACCAGAAGAUCUCCAAAGGUGGGUGAAUGGUGCUAAUCAACAUGGCUUUGUCCUGGUAUCUUUCGGAGCUGGUGUCAAGUAUCUGUCAGAAGACAUUGCUAACAAACUGGCAGGAGCUCUGGGGAGGUUGCCCCAAAAAGUGAUUUGGAGGUUUUCUGGAACCAAACCAAAGAAUCUGGGAAACAACACCAAGCUCAUAGAAUGGUUACCACAAAAUGACCUGCUUGGGCAUUCAAAUAUUAAAGCCUUCCUGAGCCAUGGUGGUUUGAAUAGUAUUUUUGAAACUAUGUAUCAUGGUGUUCCUGUAGUGGGAAUCCCACUCUUUGGAGACCAUUAUGACACUAUGACCCGGGUACAGGCAAAAGGUAUGGGGAUACUGCUAGAAUGGAAGACAGUUACUGAAGGAGAGCUGUAUGAAGCCCUAGUGAAGGUUAUCAAUAAUCCCAGCUACCGUCAGAGGGCUCAGAAGCUUUCAGAAAUCCACAAGGAUCAACCAGGUCACCCUGUCAAUCGGACUGUCUAUUGGAUCGAUUACAUUCUCCGUCACAAUGGAGCCCAACACCUACGUGCCGCUGUCCAUCAAAUCUCUUUCUGUCAGUAUUUUUUACUGGAUGUUGCCUUUGUGCUUUUGCUUGGUGCUGCCUUGUUUUACUUCCUCUUGUCCUGGGUCACAAAAUUUAUCUACAGAAAAAUCAAAAGUUUGUGGUCUAGAAAUAAGCAUAGCACAGUUAAUGGACAUUACCAUAAUGGAAUCCCCAAUGGCAAGUAUAAAAGAAAUGGCCACAUUAAACAUGAAAAGAAGGUGAAAUGAGCCAACAGCCCACCUGAUAGUAACAAAUCUCUUCAGUCAUUGAAUUUUUAUUGCUAUAAUUUAGUCUAACAACUACUAAAAGGAAAAACAUCAGUAAACAAUUCUAACACUCCCUUCUCUGAUCUUACUAAUGAAAUUCUGUGGAAUUAAGAUGGCUGUAAAAAGCACAAACCUAAAAUGCAAAAAUGUAUUUUAUUCGAAUACUGAUGCAGAGAGUUUUGGCACUGAACCUUUUAGAAGCCUUAAUUAUUCAAAUCAGUUAAGUGACCAUGUCAGACUUUAGUUUUAAGUCUUGAUAUAUGUGUGUCCCGGUUAAGGAAUGGUUUCUUUUCUCUUAAAAAGAUUUGUUUGUGUAUGUAUGUGUGUGUGUGUGUGUGUGUGUAUGUUUCCUAAUUAAGAUUAUUUCAGCCAGCUGCUUGUUAUAUUUGUUGAUGGUACAACACAUUCAAGAAUGAAAUAGAAAGACGGUUAGGAUACAAAUGUUUCUCUUCUAAAAUUUAAUAUAUGGGAGCUCAGAACACUAAAAUGAAAGAACACUUUUCCCUCAAAACUGAAUGCAGAGGAAGAAAAUGAAAAGAUAGGUGACACUGGUUUUUGUACUUUUAGGGUUUUUUUGUUUAUUCAUUUUAGGUUUUUUGUUUUGUUUUAGUUUUACUUUUCUUACAGACUGUGGAUACUUCUGGGGGAAAAAACAUACAAUUAAGUAAAUGUAUAAAUUGGUUGUCACGUUUUACUUCUAUUUUCUCCCUACCAAUAAUUUGCCUCUGGGAGAAUUUUAUAGUUUUUUUCUAUUUCAUUUUAAUGAAUAACAGUAUGUUAAAUGUAUAAUUAAAACAAAGCAACAAAGCUCUGACUUUUGUUCAGAGUACUGAAGAUAACUGCUUAUAUGGCAUCUUUAAACAGGGUUGUUAUUUGAAUGUUUUGUAACUGUUUGAUGGCUUUUCUGUAAUGUAAUUUUUGAAUGUUCAGGUGUGGUGUUUCCAAAGUUUUAACUUUAAAAACCCACCUCCUUCAUCCUAUUUUGUUGUCUGGGCCACACAGUCUGUUACAUAGGUGCCAACAUUUAAUUCUUUUCAUUGGAACAUUUGCUUUUCUCCAUAUUGGUACCUGCUUUGUCUGAGAGGUUUGAGAUCUGGUUACCAAGUCAAACUUUACAUGAUAUACAGAAGUGACAGAGAAAUUGUACUACUCGUUUGUGAAAAUGAGUUCCCACUCCCCUCCUCACUGCCUUCACCCCCACUUCAAUCCACUGUGGCUGACAUGGGACAGGAAUAGUAUUCAUUUGAGGAUAGGGGUGCAAGUCACAGAUAUCACAAAGUCGGGACCUCCCAACUGAACCAUUCACUUGCUGGCAACUAUGAGUUUAUUCCCUGCCGUUCUGUUUACUUAGCAUUUGCACUACACAUGUUGAGUGUAUGCUUUAUUUAUUUGUAGUUUGAAAUCUUAUGUCUGACAGCUGAGAGUAGAAAAAUACAACAUUUACCUAAUGACAUUCACUAACAUGGGAAGAGUUGUGAAAAUUCUAGAAUGCUUAAAUCCUUAUCGUACACUAUGACAUACAACUUCAUCACACUCCCACCAGGAGCCACUCUCCUGUACUUAGAAAUAAUGUCACAAGUAGUUUUCUAAUGUACAAUGCAGGCAAAUAUAUUGCUGUCUGAAUACUUGAAGAAAUGGUAUUACACAUAUAAGCCUAUUAGUUAUACCUUUUCACAAUCUUAUAAUAUUGCCGUUAAAAGGGAAAAAAGACACAGGCAAUGAAUGGUGGGAUGGCAACAGGACUUAGAGUGUAUGAAUGAGUUGAUUUUGCUUUUUUGGAAUUGGAUAAAGGUGACAGUAGGCAUUCACUGGAUGAUUAAGCAUAAAUUAAUCUCCACUGUGAUAAAAACUUAAACAAUAAACAUUAUUUAAAAAUAGAGAAAUGUUGUUGGAAUAAAAUUUUUAUUCAGAUUUUAUUUCACAAUAUUAUGUAAAUCCAUUAUAAACAUGUUUCUGAGACAGGUCUCCCAACCUUUAUAUGUGUAUAUGAGUGUGAAAACAGUGUUACAUGUGAGAAUUUUUUUUUUAUUAUUAUUAAACAGAGAAAUUUACCUUACGAGUGCAUCAACAUGGAUCUUAAAAUUGUCCCAUAAUUAAGAAUGUUAAGUGUAGGUAUUUACUGAUCAUUGUUGUUUUUUUUGUUUUUUGUUUUUUUAGUAAGCUUAUUGUUAGCCAGUUUUGGUAAAUAGAGUGAUUUUAAAUUUUCCACGCUUGGGCUAGAUUCUCUAAUAAAGUAAAGUUUUCAAGAAGGUAUUUAUUCAUUUAUUUUUUUAAAAAGAACCUCUGCAAGUAUUUCUAUCGCUGGUCAUCAUAUCAAAUGCAAAUGAGAAUUAAGACAUCAAUCGUUUUUCCUCUAGAGCCAUAACUUUUAAUAUCCCUCCACAUAGACGUAGAGGCAGAAUUUGAAUGUCCGGGAUUGGAGGGGAGUGAUGUUUGGGUUAAAGCGGUGGUUUAUGAUUGAAGUUGGAGAAAGCUAGCGAUUCUCUCUUGAGGAUGUAGACACUUUGUAUAACAAUCUGGGGACAUUCUCAGACUCCCAAAUACAACAUUGAUAUCUUCUGGCAAAGUCUCCGGUGGUGUUUAUCAACUUAGGUUUGGGAGUACUGUCCUUAAUGAAUCACCUCUGAACCUUACCUAUCCAACAACUUAUUGACCACCUCUCCCCGUAGAUUGUGAUACCCAACACCCCUCUCCAACUGCUGGAAUCCACCACACUAGAUCCUCAGCGGACUCCAAUUCCGAAAAACCUAUUCAGGGGAUCUGCUAUCUGCCCCCCCUCCUUCCCUUCUAGGAGCCAGUAGUGGUGAGGCACUGCUGGGACAAGAUGUAGCAUCCUGUUUUUUUCCCACCCGUUUCCUGUUUCCACCAAAACUACAAGAAUAUUUAUGCUCAGAUGACCUGUCUCAGUGCCGUGCUCCCAGCUUUGCCUUGUAAUUAGGUAGAUUAGACAUGAUAAUUCGACAUUGUGGGGCAUAAAACUUGUGAUGAAAUUAACAGGAAAGAAGUUCAGUUUGUUGUUGUGAAACAUUUCGUGGACCAUUGUUAUUUAUAAACGGUAAGAACCUUCUUUGAAAUACACAACUGUAGUGAAUUGAAGAGAGAAUAUUUAUUUAUAAGCAAGAACUCAGGAACUGCCAUGGAGGGGUGGGGAGUGGAAGUGACUCGACGUUCAGUGGAUGCCUGUCCCAUGGCAGGCAGGAUGCUGGAUACCAGGGGAAUUCACAGAUGAUAAGGACAGUCUCUCCUUCAAGGAGCUUGCGAUCUAGUGGGAGACAUGGACACAGAAGUAACUAUAAAGUGCUGGGGCCCAUAGCAGAUGUAUGUGCAGGGUACUGUGGGAACACUUGGGAGGCAAGAAUACAUGUCAAAGAAGCCUCUCUGUGUGCACCAGAGAAUCCA